CCAGAAUCUGUUGGAAUUUAUUCAUUUCUUGGAGUGCGUGAAUUAAUUUGUUUAGCGAAGCAACCACUUCAGUGUCAUCUUUAAAAUAUAUACUUAAAUCCCAUAAAGUGUUUGUAAACCCACUAAAAACAAAGAAAAAUAAAGAAACCCAGUUUGAUAAUGGUCGAAUACAUCUGAAACAUGUCAACAACGACAACGUACCUUUGAUGUUGUACAAAAGUUUUACCCGAUUCAAUCAUUUGACUACAUUGUUUUAAAACUUUAUCUAAUUUUUGUUCUAAUUGAUCGAUAUCACUUUCAACUUCCUCCAAUUUAGUUCUUAAAAAUACAAACAAACAUAACCUAUAAUAAUACAAUGGUUGCUGAAAAACCUGCGGGAACAAGUAGUAACAAUCCAUUAGAACAAUUUGUGUUGCUAGCGAAAUCAGCAAAAGGUGCAGCAUGUGUGGAAUUGAUUAAACAAGUUUUAGAAGCACCUGGUGUUCAUGUAUUUGGUGAACUUUUGGAUAUGCCAAAUAUUGCUGAGUUACAAAAUGGCCCAAAUAGUAUUUAUUUCGAUACAUUAAAUUUAUUUGCAUAUGGAACUUAUAAAGAAUAUUUAGCAAGUAAAGAUAAACUUUUGGAAUUAACACCGGUCCAGAUUAAAAAGUUACAACAUUUAACAAUUGUAACGUUAGCGACUAAAAACAAAUGUAUCCCAUAUUCGUUACUCCUUAAAGAAUUGGAUAUUAAGAAUGUACGAGACUUAGAAGAUUUAAUUAUUGAAGCCAUUUAUGCUGAUAUUAUUCAUGGAAAAUUAGAUCAAAAAAAUAGUCAAUUAGAAGUUGAUUAUGCAAUUGGUAGAGAUAUUCGUCCAGCUGAUGUUGGCAUCAUAAUAUCAACAUUACAAGAAUGGUGUGAUUCAUGCGAAGCGGUUUUAUCGUGCGUUGAAACUCAAAUACAUCGUGCUAAUGCUGAGAAAAAUCGUAAAAAUAAACAUAAAGAAGCUAUCGAACUUGAAAUUCAAAAUAUCAAAAAAAGUUUAAAAACUCAACAAGCCCAACAACAGGCUGCUAUGGAUUCAGAUGAAGCAAUGGCUGUUGAUCCACCGGAAAUAGGGUUUGACAAGGGUAAGAAACCAGCUAAGAGUAAGGGCAGAGGCAGUGAAUAAGAAUUUUUUUACGCAAGUCUAUUUAAAAGUGUUUUAUUUAAUUUGUAAAAUGUUUUGAGCGUUAGGCUUUGGUAAGUAAGUGUUACUGUUAGUUAAAAAGACCUAAACUUUCUGGGCGAUGACGAGUGAAA